GGAGCUUUGGCGUUCACCGGGAGAUAAACACUCGCAGGGUUCCAAAUUCGGUUUCAGACGUCGGAACUUUCAAUGAAGGCGAAUAAGACUGUCGCUGAAAGCCACAGACGGCUUGGGUACGACGCUGUCUCUUUAAACACUCCCGAUGAGAAAAGUUCAUUCAAGCGAGCGGAGAGGAGUAGAGUUCUGCGUGGUUUGGUGCAGAGAUCAGUGUCUGGUAUCGUGAGCGCAAGCGGAACGCGGCAUAUGGCUGGCGACGGCGGGCAGGCCAAACGUCUCCCAAAAAGACCGUUUCACAGCGAGGGAGACGAAAACUCGAGCGCGACAAUGAAUGAAAACGUCAAAAUUCACUCUGGGAAACAGACUCCGUCCGAAGCUCAUGGCGGGAAGGAGAACUCUGCUUUUAAUUCUACCUGUUUGACGUACUGCCACACGAGCGGACCUGCAGAGGCGAAGAUGAACCAGACGGUCAUUCACGGCUCGCGAGUGGACCCGAGCAUAUUCUUCGACGAGGACAGCAAUCACAUUUUCCCCGUGGAGCAAUUCUUUGGGAACCUGGAUGUUGUUGAGGAUUACCCACGCAGAACCCCAGGCAGCAAGAGAAUUAGUCGGAGAGAAUACCGGAGAAUGCAUUAUUAUGCCAAAGAGGACAGUGAAGACGAGCAGCUAUGAAAACACUAAUCACUAAAUUACACCAUGCAUGCCACAGUCUUGAGCCUGUAUCAGUUGGCCAAAUCUACUUCACUUCAGGGAAGGAGUUGUAUGUGGUUUAAAUGGGCAUGAUUAGUCAAGUGCACUUUUUUAUUAAUGCCAUAAGCCUUCUCAAUGAAUGUUUAAUUGGCCCAAUCUACCCAAGUAAAUAGAAUGCACUGUGUUGGCAAGGAAUUCUGUGUACUGCUGAUACAAUGAUCGACAUAUCAUAGUCUUAAUGCAAUUUUAUAAAAAGCACAAUAUUUUUAAUGGUUAAAAAAUGGUAUGUUAAUGGUGAAACGUUAUAUUAGUCCAUCCCUAAUCAUAAACCUCAGAACAUUACACUUGUGCUAUACUAGUAUAUGGCUAAAGAAAUGUACAGAAAGAUGGACUUUCUGCCAGACUUGUGCCUAAGACCAUUAUUGUUCAGUCAUGUGACUGGAGUUUGUGCUUACAGACAGUUAAAUAGGAUGGAAAACACAGAGUAAUCCGUAGUGGAGUUCAUCCUGCACUGCUGGCCAACACCGUGGGUUUCUACCAUUAGUCCUACUGAUGAGCUCUGAAAUCAACAAAUAAAACCAAUAUUAAGCAUAGUAUAUUUAGUCAAGUGCCUCAAGUUGGACAUGCUUGCUGUUCAGACUUUUAAUGCAAUUUGAGCAUUAGCUUGUACAUUCUUAAAUCUCUGAAUUUGGCACUUUUUACAUUUCUCUGUUGAGAAUGAAUGGAUUUGUUUUGGAAAAACAGACUUGAUAUUUAAGAUUUGGUGCUGUAUAAUUGAAAACGAAAGCAUGUAACUGUUUUGAAAGCCUUUAUUUUGUUCUUUUGGAAUGUGUAUAGAUUUGUAUUGGUUAGAAUCUCAAAUUAAGACAAUUGUCCAGUUUGUCACAAGGUUCUUAAGGCAAGAUGUGGAAAUCUGUCAUAUUAAAUAAAAAAUACGGCUACAAAUGUUAUGCAUGUGGCUCCACCAGGAAUAUGAUUUGUUUGUAUUGUGAACCUCAAUUUGUCAAGAGAUUAUUUGUAUGAUUUGAUUUUAUUAGACCAGAUUUGCACCACUUUUUCUGGUAAAAAAAUGUAACCUUUUAAAAUGUAGUUUCUAAGCUUUUAUGUACAUUGUAUUAGGCAAAAAUUGUAGACCGUGUGAUUUUGAUUUUUUAUAUUUUUCUAUUAAUGUGAUGUAUCUUCAAGUGCUAACAUUUGCUACGUAAUGCCUUGUAUGUACAUGAUAUGUACAUUUUAUCUACUUUUUAAUGUCAAAUCUUAAGUGUAUCUCAUCAAACGCUACACUAUCUGUCCAGAGAAAAUAAACCACAUUAACUAUGGAAACAAUAACAUUUGUGUGUUUAAAAAAAAUUCAAACCGUGCUUAAUUUCUUCCCCUUAGAACUGAACAAUUUAGAGUUGCAAGUUUAUUUUUGUGCAUGCAUUAAGAAACCUACUUCAAGACAGUUUUUCUUUUUGUUGUUGUUGAUGAAAGUACAACUAACAUUUGCUGUACAAGACAUCCAGUUCCCACACAUGCUCCCAAUAGCUAAUGCAUGAUGGCUAAAUGAGUGGCUUCAUAACGUAAACGUAUACAGGAAAGACACAGAUAAAAACAAGUCACUCCGCAAACAUUUUUAGUUCUGUAAAUAAACCAAUACAAAUCUGAAUAUACAAAUAUAAAAUCACUAUCUACUAAGAGAAAUGUUGCAAAAAUAUAUAUGGAACAAUGCGUAAUAUAGCCAAACGAUAAUAUAAAGAUACAAAUCCCUGAGUAGGCUCCGAACAUGUGAUUCACCAAAGCUGAAACAUUCAUUCAUACUAGGCUGCAUAUUCCAUAAGAGGAUUUUGUAUAUCCUGUUCAUUUUACAGUCCUUUUGACCCGUUUGUAGAUUUUUCUGGAGUCACAGCUGAGCUCAUGGGCCCCUUAUGGCAAACUAUGUGAACCAGUUUGAGAUUCUCUUGUGUAAACAGCAGUUUGUAGAAAUAAUCCAGAUUUUUUUACCCUUCAGUGCCUCUGCGAGAGUUGGAAUGACAGUUCUCCUAUUUUCUAUCCUGAAAAGAAAGAUCAGCCUCAUUUAACUGGUCAAACACAAGAUCAUGACAAACCUAAAGUAACGCUUAAUUCAAACUUUGAUUUUGAUUUCAGAAUGUUGUAACUAAACCCCUGUCCCUACUGUAUAUAACUUAUGAAUUAUGAAUUACCAGAGGUGCUUAAUGCUGAUAUUUUGCUGACAAUACUCACAGGUGGUCUAGAUUCCAGGUGCUGAAGAGGAUUCUGCUCUUGCAGUUCCCAUACAGGUUUGAGGGGAGAAAUGCGCACUCGUUCUUAUCAAUUUGGCACCAUGUGGGAGCAAAAGUUAUUUAUAGCUUAUACAAUAAAAUAAAUUUACCACUGGGACAAAAACAAAUGCUGACAUCUAAACAUAUAGCCCAGCAAGAAUGCUAAAUGCUUUUAAGUUUUAAAAAGUACUACUACUUGUAUAUUUUAGCUUCAUUGUUUAUUUUACUUGAAAAGUGGAAAAAAUCUUGUCUAUACAGUAUAUGAUUUCAUAUUCAAUUAGAAAUGUGAGAUAUGAGAGUGAAUGUAACAUGCGACUUGGCAUGAGAACCAGCCCUUUUCAGUGCAGAGUCUGCAAACCUCAUUCUCUGACCUGACAAAAUAGGCACCAUGGUACCGUGCAGACUUCAAUUUCUCAGCCAGGAUCUCUACUACCUUUCUGUAUUCAUUUUUUGCCUUUGCAUUCUGAAUAGUCUGG